UUGCUUCCCUGGCGACCCCAAUGGGCUGCUGGCGAAAUGGGUUGCUUGCUUGCUUUACCACUGAUGAAGUCUUGGACAGCCAGCAGGAUUUUCAGUCAUUUCCCUUAGCAUCUAGUGAACAAGGUAGUGUCUCCAGUGUUUCCUCCAACCCUGGAGGUUUGCUACGCUGGCCAUCUGCGUGCUCAGUCAGCUCAUCCAUUCAGGUUCUUUUCGACGUGGCACGUGCGUGUGCUUAUUGCCAACUCAGAGCUUCAUUUAUUACAAAGAACGUGUCAAGGAUUAGUGAUGGGACACGGUAGUCGCCUAUCGUUUUGCAGCCUAACCUUUGCGUCCUACUUACAAUUUGCCAUAAUCUCCAGGAUGUAUUUGACGACGUUUCCCUGACGCCGUGAAUCUUCAGUGACUCUGAUUCUCACUAAGGGCCUGAUAACGUACGAACAAAAUGAAAGACAGAGUGAAACUAUUAUAUAACGACGUUUCUCUUUAGAAAUCGCAGGUGUUUGGAAGAAAUUACCAGCGGUUGCUUCUCAAGGACUCCUCGGGUGACGUCGGACGUUAAUAGGAACAGGGGAAUAGAUGUAUGGGACUUGUAGCAAGUGAGGCUACUAAAGGUAGAAACAGAGACAUUCAGCUUAAGGGACAGACGUCUGAGCAUUGUAUGGACUUGCAGGUCCUAGCUAUGGCUUGGAGGAAGCAGCUCAAAAAUCAUGGACGUGGAUGGCUCAUAUCGUAGAGCUGGAAGAACAGCGUGAUGACGUUAAGGAACUAUUCCGGUUUACUACGGCGUUUCACAUCUUCCCGUCAGCUUCUUCUCUGGCAGUCCGAUUUUCAUUGUUCUCUGACACCUGACUGAUACGACCCUCCUUGGCAACGGCCACACUUGGGAGGAAGCAGCGGUCAUGUGGAACAUCAUGCACAUGGAUGGCUCGGCUCAUACUGGAGAGGAAGAAACAGCGUGAUGUUGUCGAGGAACUAUUCCGGCAUUUCACAGCUUUCACCUGACCUCAUAACAACUUCAACUUCUUCAGCUCCAGGGCCUCAAAUAGGAAUUCAGGCAUCCUGCGCACUCAGGGCUGGCAGCUUCAAUGCAUACUGAUUCCUCAGGAUGAUUCGCAAGUUCUAUACUAAGGCCCCAGGGAAAAUUUGUCAAACAUAUAUGUAUAUAUUACUGUAGGCUAGAUAGGUUCGCACUCUUAGAGAGUACAACCACUUAGACAAAACCAUCCUGUAUCUCACAUUCUAU